AUGCCGAAUACAACGACGGACAGUGGUUUAUCAGCCACCACUGGUACGCCACCACCAGCGGCAGACACGGUUGCCGUAGUUUACGCCAGAUUACCGGUACCCACCAUUUCCAGCACCAAUAUCGAAGCUUGGUUGACUACGAUGGACUUUUGGUUUACGGCUUCCGGAAUUACCACCGCAAAGGAAAAAACAGACGAGACAAACUGCCAAUGCGCUAAAAUACAACGACAUACCAAAUCCAAACCUGCAAUGUACGAGCCUCCAAAAGAGCGGUUUCGCCACAUCAAACCGGACAUUAAUACCUGCCUUGCCUUUCUCGGUUACGGAACAACAUUACGUAUUCCCGGCAAAUUCUUAGAAGAAACAAAAAGUAAGAAAGUUACCACAGACACUAUAUCGCAGUUUCAGUCAACAAUGAUGAAGCUACAGCCUACGCAAACAAAACAUCAUACAACUUCCAAAGUUUUCGUAUCGCCUGCGCUACAAUCAGCCACACACGUAUUCCUGCGAAACGACUCGAUUCGUCCUUCACUUACUCAACCCUACGAUGGACUGUUCCCUGUGGUCAAGAAAUCGCCGAAGUACUUUAAGUUACUAGUACGAGGUGGCCCAACCAACGUAAGAAUAGAUCGGCUCAAACCAGCUUUCAUAGCAAGCGACGAAUCUAGCGAUAUAUCUACCGGCGCACGUUACGAUGAAACCUACUCGCAGUGGUAG